GUUGUGGGCUGAACUAUGCACUGCCCGGUAUGGAAAGCUAUCACCGCAGGAAGCUUUCUUGGAGAUGAAAAGUCCGGUAGCUUAUUGAGCAUGGUAUGUUUUGAUCAGAUGAUAAACGGACACCUAUCACGUCCUGCUCACGUGAUUGAUGGUAUGAAUAAAAGGAGCCUUCUUCUCCAGUCUCCACUAUCACUCUCGUUUCAGUUGCAAACUUCGAAGGUCAUGGCGUCACCAGCACCGCCGAGCUCAGCCCCCGGCGCCCGGAAACCGUUGGGGUUUGUAGCAAACGCGGUGAAGCGCAAGGACAAAUUCAUCCAGUUCUUCGCAAUGACCGGAAUUUUGCUGCUAAGUGUCAGAUCGCUCGGUCAAAAGUAUCGCCUCCACGAUCUUCAGGAGGACACGGCGGCUCUGAAAGAGGAGCAAGAGACCCUAGACAACCGAAUGAACAACAUCAAGAGAGACCUCCUUCACGAAGCCUCUGUUGAGCCCACUGGUCUCUUCGCCUCCAGGCUCCGCCGCCUCUUCGGCGACCAACAGUGAUUGCGGGACGGAGCCCUAACUCUGUGAGUGCGGUGUUCUAAGGCUUCUUUCGAUUUGUUCUUAUAUAUGCUUGGUUAGGAAGUGCGAGAAUGAACCUGUAAUUGUUAGUUUUAAUAAUUUGAAUGUGGCAUGGAGUUCUAUAUGAAUUGUGCAACACUGAGCUUCGUUUAGGUUUUCUGGAGACUUGGAUUGUGUGUGGAUUAUAUGGUUUACAUGGUUCCUCAUAUUCGUGUAGGCUGUGAUGUUGAAAUGCUCUCAUUAUGAGUUGGAAGUAACUUUGGUUGUCUAUGA